GGAAGCGAGUAGGGGGAUUUCCCCCCCUCCCACCAUCUUUAAUCUGUAUCUUCUCCCAGCCCAAUGGAGGCAGCGUAGCUUCAUCCAUGCCCAGCUCCCUGUCCCAGCCCCGGGAGAGGAAACUGAGCCCGCUGGCUCCUUGUCCCGCCGGCCAGGGCAGAGCGACGUCGCCCCACACGAGGCUGCUUCCCACCAUGGCCCCCCUUGGAGAGGAGACGCCCCUGAUCGGAAACAGGUCCUGCAGCCUGUCCUCCGUGGAGUCGGGGACGCUCCAGGUCUACCUGUACCACCCAGCCAACACCCCACGAUCGGCCCCCGACUUGGGCGGCGUCCUGACUUUCACGUACGGCGAGUACUUGGCAGAGGAGCUCUGCGUGGCGGCAGCCAAGGCCUGCGGGAUCCUGCCUGUUUGCCAUUCCCUCUUCGCUCUGGCAACAGAAGAUCUGAAAUGCUGGUUCCCGCCCAACCACCUCUUCACGGUGGACAAUGCGAGCUGCCAAGUUGUCGUCUACAGAAUCAGCAGGUUUUUCUUCCCCAACUGGUUUGGGCCAGGGAAAUCGUACCGCUUCGGGCUGCUGAAUGACCGAGCCAGCGCCGUGCUAGACUGUCCCACCAUCAAUUAUCUCUUCGCACAGUCCCGCAGCGAUUUCAUCAGCGGGCGCAUGGAGGGGGCGCUGAGCCUGCAGAUGCAGGAGGAGUGUCUCAGCCUGGCCGUGCUGGACAUGCUGAGGAUGGUCAAGGAGAGGAAGUGGAGCCUGGAGGAGAUCUUCAGCAGCGUCAGCUACAAAUCCUGCAUCCCGGAGACGCUCCGGCACCAGAUCCAGCAGCAAAGCUUCCUGACCCGCAAGCGGAUCCGGAGGAAGUUCCACAAGUCCCUGCAGAAGAUCAGCGGCUGCCAGACCGACGAUUGCACCCUCAAGCUCAAGUACCUGAUCGACCUGGAGAAGCUGGAGAGGACCUGGGUGGAGGAGAGCUUCCCAGUCCGAGCCCCCAGCGGCUGCGAGCGGGGCCAGGAGGAGCAGAGGAUCAUCCACGUGUCUGGAGAGAACGGGAUCUUCUGGAGCCACAGUGGAGACGAGAGCCGCCAGCCAUUCUGCGACUUCCCCGAAAUCGCCGACAUCACCAUCAAGCAAGCGAGCCGGGAUAGCAACCCCGUGGAGAACCGGAUUGUCACCGUCACCAAGACGGACAACAGGAUCCUAGAGGUUGAGUUCCUCACGCUGCGGGAGGCCCUGUCCUUCGUCUCACUCAUCGACGGCUACUACCGGCUGACAGCAGACGCCCACCAUUAUUUCUGCAAGGCAGUGGCUCCUCCCCGGCUGCUGGAGAACAUGGAGAACCAGUGUCAUGGACCCAUCAGGUCCGAGUUUGCAGUGAAGAAGCUGGCAGUGAACGACGAGGGAGUCUACCUCCUCCGCCGUAGCCCACAGGACUUUGACAGCUACUUGCUCACUGUCUGCAUCAAGACUUGCUUUGGACGGGAUUACAAGGGUUGCCUGAUCCAGAGGGACAAGGACGGGAGCUACUCCCUCUCCGGAGUCCCCCGGCAUUUCUGCAGCCUCCAGGAGCUGCUCUGCACGUACCAGAACUGCACCCUGCACGCCGACGGAGUGGCCCUGCGCCUGGGCACGUGCUGCCCUCCCCGGCCUAAAGAAAAAUCCAACCUGCUGAUCGCGAGAGGUAGCUGCUGCCAGCUCCCCGGCUCCCCCGCUGCGCCACGCCACAGUGUCAACCAGAUGAUGUUCCACAAGAUCCAGCCGGAGAACCUGACGAUGUGCGAGAACCUGGGCCAGGGAUCCUUCACCAAGAUCUACCGGGGCAUCAAGCGGGACCAGGAGGACAGUGAGUGUCACGAGACCGAAGUCCUGCUGAAGGUGAUGGACAGCAGCCACGGCAACUGCUCCGAGUCCUUCCUCGAGGCCGCCAGCAUCAUGAGCCAGAUCUCUCACAAGCACCUGGUCCUGCUGUACGGGGUCAGCAUCAAGGAAAACAGUAUCAUGGUGCAGGAAUACGUCAGGUUCGGCGCUCUGGACAUCUACCUGAAGAAGAACCAGUCCGGGGGCAAGGUGACAGCCAGCUGGAAGCUGGAGGUGUCCAAACAACUGGCCUACGCCCUCAACUUUUUGGAGGAUAAGAAGAUCGUGCACGGCAACGUCUCUGCUAAGAAGGUCCUGCUGGCCAGGGAGGGGGACGCGGCCAGCGGCAGCCCCCCUUUCAUAAAGCUCAGCGACCCUGGAGUCAGCCUCACCAUGCUGGCCAAGGAGAUGCUGAUCGACCGCAUCCCCUGGGUGGCCCCUGAGUGCAUCAGCGACCCCAAGAACCUGGCGCUCGAGUCGGACAAGUGGAGUUUCGGUGCCACCGUGUGGGAGAUCUUCAGCGGGGGCACCAUGCCCACGAGUGCCCUGGAGCCCCUGUUGAAACUCCAGUUCUACCAGAACAGCCUCCAGCUGCCGGCUCCCAAGUGGAUGGAGCUGGCCAAUCUCAUCACCCAGUGCAUGGACUACCGGCCGGGCUGGCGCCCCUCCUUCCGGGCCAUCAUCAGGGACCUCAACAGCCUGAUCACCUCAGAUUAUGAGCUGCUGUCGGACCUGUCGCCCAGCGAGCUCCCAGCCAAGGAUGGCUUCUGGGGCUACAUCACAGGCCCAGUGUGCCAGGACCCCACCAUCUAUGAGGAGCGGCACCUGAAGUACAUGUGUGUGCUGGGCAAGGGGAACUUCGGCAGCGUGGAGCUGUGUCGAUACGACCCGCUGGACGACAGCACCGGGGAGCUGGUGGCCGUGAAGCGGCUGCAGCAGAGCUCGGCCGAGCAGCUGCAGGACUUCGAACGAGAGAUCGCCAUCCUGCGCUCCCUGCACAAUGACUUCAUCGUCAAGUACCGGGGCGUGUGCUACAGCCUGGGGCGAAGGAGCCUGCGGCUGGUCAUGGAGUAUCUGCCCAAAGGCUGCCUGAGGGAGUAUCUGCAGAAGAACCAGGAGCGCCUGGACCACAAGCGGCUGCUGCUGUACGCGUGGCAGAUAUGUAAGGGCAUGGAGUACCUAGGAUCCCAGCGCUACGUUCACAGAGACUUGGCCAGCAGGAACAUCCUGGUGGAGAACGAGACCCACGUGAAGAUCGGGGACUUCGGCCUGGCCAAGCUGCUCCCCCAGGACAAGGAGUACUACGUGGUGCGGGAGCCGGGACAGAGCCCUGUGUUCUGGUAUGCGCCCGAGUCCCUGUCGGAUAAUGUGUUCUCCCGCGAGUCCGAUGUCUGGAGCUUUGGAGUCGUCCUUUACGAGCUCUUCACGUACAGCAACAGAAGCCAAAGCCCCUCUGAGGAAUUUCUCCGCUUGAUGGGACGUGACAAGCCCAUGCCGAUCAUUUGCCACCUGCUGGAGCUGCUGAAGAACGACAGGAGGCUUCCCACGCCCCCCGGCUGCCCCGCUGAGGUGCACAGCCUGAUGCUGAGUUGCUGGGCCUUCAGCCAGAGCAAGAGGCCCAAAUUCAGCGAGCUGGGGCCGAAGCUGGAGGCGCUGCGCGACAGCCGGAGCAAGGUCCGAGGAUAGCAGGCCCUGCUCCCGUCUGGACUGGUCACCACACCUCGCCCCUGCCACGCAUGCCGUCCCCCUACCCACGGGCCAGGGGCACUGCUGACUGCGGGGUCAUGAGCUGCGCAGGGUCCCACUCGCGGCCCAUGCUGUGAAACUGCAGGGACUGAACUCAGGGCAGGGUCCUCGCCCCCAGAGAAGAGGAUGGCGGGACACACAGGGGGCUUGACGAUGGCUCUGGCAGACCCAUGACCCAGUCUCUAGCAAGGCUCCAGGGAUAAGCCAGAUGCAUGCGCGAGGCAGGGCAGCAAAGGGUCCCAGGUUCGCUGCAGAGGGCCGUUCUGAAGGCUUCCAGCCCAUGGAGCCGCUCUGAUCCCUCCAAGGCUCCUGCAGAGACACCUUCCUCCUCCCCAGCUUGGCGGGCUGGGGGACCGGGACCGCCAGCCCCAGAGCCACCAGGCGCCCUCCCACAGGGCUGCGUCAUUGGCCCAGCCCGGUGGCUAACGGGUUUGACUCAGCCGCGCUGGUGCUGUCCGGAAUCGUUGCUUCCCCAGCUUAGGACUUGGCUCCCGAGGAUCCGCUUGGGCAGGGCGCAGGCCGAGGAACGUUCCCUGCUAUUUGCCCAUGUGGGUGACUGGGGAGACUGAGUCAGCUGCCCGUUGCUGAGGCAUGCAAUGGGCCACAGAGUCAAUCAGCCCAUCCAGUCUGACCUUCCUGUAUAAAACGGGCUGGAGAACUUCACCCCGUGCCCCCAGUCCUGUGCCUGGGAGACCUCCCAGAGAGCCCACACACACACACGCCGCUUUAGGGUGGGCUGGCCCUCGCUGCCCUGCGUGCUUCGCUCAUGCGAUGCGACACGGUUCUUGAACACAAAUCAGAACCAUUCGCUGGGAAUUGCACCUGGAUUGUACUCCCCUGAUGCUACCAGCUAGAACCAAUCUGUAUUACCCAGAGAGCUGCGGCGCCUUUCUGACAGUCCCCGGCUGCCUCUUAGCCAACGCACAGGCUCGAGCUGAACCUUUAAGAUACCUGCGGGGGGCUUUUCACACCCUAGCUUUUCUUGGAGCGGGGAAAGGACUGGAAAUCUCAGCGACCUCCACCCACCCAGAGCAUCACCGGUUAAAGAGAGACACAGAAGAGCAGCACCAUUAUGAGUUAAUUUAAUUAUUCAGAGAAAACUGCAAGGUCUGAAUUCAAGGAUUCUUGUAGGGUGAUGCAAACAGUUUUGGUCUUUGAAGCAGAGAGGUGGUUGGGGAAUUCCCCUCCUGCACCCCCAAAAAGAAAGUUUAAAUGAAAAUGAAAAACUUUUGUUAUAGGCAGUGAAAGUUUCCUGGGAAAAUGUCCAGGCUUUCAUUUAAAAACCAUCAACGUGUGUUUGUUUUGAAAUGCCAAAAACCCUUCGUAUGUAGUGGCCAAAAACUGAAACGUGUUUGGCUCUUCAGCAAAAGUAGGAAUGGUUUUGUCACAUGAAACCUCUUCCCAGAAAAUUUCAUUUACCCAAAACCCAGCUGUUUGACAACAUAGCAGGCGCUUUACCCCAGGGACACCUGCUGCUUUGCAAAGAGUUAAUAUAUACGACUUACCAAACAGAGUGUUCUGGUGCAUUCGAGAUGAACUAGGUUGCUUGUUAAAAUAACAUUCUAGCAUAGCUCGGGUGGGCAGGAUUCGUGGUUUAAUCAGUACAUGUUGGGAACCAUCGAUUUCUCUGCACGCACACAAACCGAGGCAGGAUUAUUGCCAGCGCUAAGAAUCAACAUUUACGGAGAGCCAAAGUAAGAAAAAGGCUGCUUGGUGAUAACAGUUUGAAUUAAGGAGUUACUUUUGUAUGUUUCUACCUGGGACACUGACAAUUUGUGAUUUAACAGUUAUAAAGCUUUAACUUUUUGAACCUUGAAGGCGACUGUCAUUACAUCAUUAUUGUC